AUGUCUCUCAACAAAGUCGAAAAGAACCAGUUUCCCGCAAUGGAUAAAGACACUGGUAGUAUUGCCGGGGAUGAUACCGCUGCCAAUGAAGACGCGUUGCGUCUGGCGCAGCUGGGUCAUACUCAGGAGCUGAAGCGACAGUAUUCUCUAUUCUCGCUUUGUGCUUUGUGUGUUUGUCUUAUGGCAACCUGGGAAGCUUUGUCAACUGUGAUUGCAACCGCUCUUAUCAGUGGAGGAGCGCCGUGUCUGCUAUACAACUUUAUCUUGUCGGCGAUUUGUUCUCUUUGUAUCGCCAGUUCUCUCGGAGAGAUUGCUUCGAUCUAUCCCACUGCCGGAGGACAAUACCAUUGGGUCGCAGCCCUCAGUCCCUCCUCGAUCCGCUCCUCCGCUUCUUUCUUCACAGGCUGGAUCAGUAUCGGUGGCCAGGUAGUCCUUACAUCGUCAGCAGCCUUUUCAGCCGGUCUCCAGGCACAAGCCCUCGUCAUCGUCAACGACUCUUCAUACAUACCGCAAAGAUGGCAGGGAAUGCUGUUCUACUGGGCUAUCCUGGUCUAUGGACUCGUGCUUAACAUUUGGGGCCAUAGAUUCCUUCCAUUCACCAAUACUGUGUCUGGAAUCAUCCACAUUACCGGCUUCGUUGCCAUUGUUAUCGUCCUCGGUGUCAUGUCACCUAAGAACUCUGCUUCAUUCGUCUUUACAGAAGUCACGAGUUACAGUGGCUGGGAAAAUGACGGUGUAUCUUGGCUAGUCGGUCUGUUGAGUGCCGUAUAUCCCUUCCUCGGAUACGAUGCAGCAUGCCAUUUGGCAGAGGAGAUGCCCCAUGCUAGUCGCAACGUGCCCCUCGCCAUGGUCGGCAGUGUCGCCGUGAACGGAUUCAUGGGUCUCAUCUACGUCGUCGUACUCCUCUUCUCAACCGGUCCUCUCGAAGCCCUUCUACAAACACCGACAGGAUUUCCCUUUAUGCAGAUCUUCCUUGACACUACCAAGAGCAAGGCUGCCACCACCGUUCUAUCAUUGAUUAUCAUUUGUAUCGCCACGGCGGCGACUGUUGCUGGAAUCACCUCUACCUCCCGCACCUUAUGGGCUUUUGCGCGAGAUAGAUCAACUCCUUUUGACAAACAUCUCAGCAAAGUCAACAAACGCUUUCAGAUCCCAGUCUAUGCUGUCGUGGUAGUAACAAUUCUGCAAAUGCUGCUUGGUCUAAUCUACCUUGGCAAUACCACCGCCUUCAACGCUAUCUUAUCCAUGGCAAUCAUCGGCAUGUAUGUCAGCUACGCUUUACCCAUCAUCGCAAUGCUGUUUGCCAGAAAGAGACUCUUGUCUGCCAAUGGGUUUGGAACUUUCAAGCUAGGACGUGUUGCAGGUCCGAUAGCAAAUGUUGUUAGUUUGGCAUGGAUUGCCCUCGUUGUUGUCUUCAGCACAUUCCCCUCUUCUAUGCCCGUCACGCCACAGAACAUGAACUACUCCAUUGUCGUGAUGGCCGGUUGGCUUACUGCUGGGGUUCUGUACUAUGUUUUCCGUGGCAAGUACAAGUUUGAGGUUCCCAAUGUUGAUUCCGAUAUUGUUCAUGGUAUUCAAGAGUAG